AUGACAUCCGACAAUGUGACCUCCUUCGCCAUUUCAUCGGACGACAUCAAGGCCCUCGAUCACCCCAACGUUGAAAUGAGGCGCUCGGCCUUCUUCCGAAACGGAUACCCCACGUUACCUUCCCCGGAAGUGGUCCGCCAGCGUGCUGAGACACAGAACACAUCAUUAGGCAAGCUACAUGAAGAUGAGAAGGAUUCUGCUAUCUGGGAAGAGGAGGACAACCUGUUAUGGCGCCGACCCCCCGUCAUCUUCCCAUGCAUGAACCUGAUUGUCAAGUGGGGCGGUUUGGUCCGACGAGAAGAGGGCAUCAAUAUGUAUGCCAUCAAGCAAUUCCUGCCGCAGAUUCCUAUGCCAGAAAUUUAUGGCUGGCGCACUGAUGGAGAAGAAGUCUUUUUGUACAUGGAGUACAUCAGAGGCCGCAAGUUGGACACGGUCCUGGAAGAAAUGACCCAUGCAGAGCAUGCACUGGCCAUCCGAGACCUCCAAAAUAUGCUGAGUGAUCUCCGUCUUCUGCGACAAGUCGAGAGAGAUGCAUUCGUUGGAAGCAUGGUUAAAACAGCAAUAUACGACAAAACCUUCUAUCGCUCCUACAUACACCGACACAUGUAUACCUUUGACUCCGUCCAGAUCUUCAACCUUUCGCUCUCCUUCAAUCCGAAAUACAACUGCGAAGACAAGGUCUGCCCAGUCCCUGUUCAUCCCGACCCGCACAGGGCAGACCUACCAGACUCGAACGAGGUCCGGUUUACACACGGCGAUUUACAGCCCAGCAAUGUAAUCAUCUCCCAUUGCCGGCCGUACCGAGUCUUGGCGGUUGUAGAUUGGGAGGAGGCGGGGUGGAUGCCGGGGUAUUGGGAGGCGUGCAAGGCGCUUUUGAAGAGAACUAGAGUGGAUGAGUGGAGCGAGAUGUACCUCCCGGUGUUGUUCGAGGAGAAUAGCGAGAAGGUCUACAGGGCCUUCGAGUGGUUCGUGCAGGAGUUGCAUAGACUGUGA